AUGUCUAAAUUAGAAGAAGCCACAACUAGCAAAAACACUUCAAACAACAAAGCAGCCCAAAUUGUACAAGAAAUGUAUAAAAAGUUAGAUCGAAAAAUGAAGGAAUGUUAUCAAAAAUGCAGAAACAGUGGUGAAAAAAUCAGUUUAUUGGAAACGACUAUACAUUAG